UGAUUUUGCAUUUCCAGGAGGACUGUUUUGUUUACUAGCAGUUCUCCUCCCUGUCAGCUCGGGCACACUGCACAGCACAGCUACCCAAAGCAGUGUGCUUACAGCGAAGCACACCCCGCCCCCUAGAAAAACACUCCCAGCACACAGUUAACCCUUUGAUCACCCCUCAUGUUAAACCCUUCCUUCCCAGUGCCAUUAGUACAGUGUCAGUGCUUUUUAUUAGCACAGAUCACUGUAUUGGUGUCACUAGGGAUGUCAGUGACACCAAGUCAGUUCCCCCCCAGUGUCAGAAUGUCUGUCGCAGUCUCACCGCCAUUA